UAAAAAUAAUAAUAAAAAAAAAACAGACAAUAUGAAAUACCGCCGGUUUCUCAGCAGAUAGAAAUCCUAUGAGCCGACAUCAAGUCUGGCUGAUGCACGGUUGUCAUCCCCCUCCACUUUAAUAACGAUCAUGGCAGCACAGCAGCCUGCCGUUAGAAUAUUGUUGUGCGGGAUGACCGGUCACGUUCGAUGAUUGGCGGUCGCCCAACUACAUUCACUUCCACCGUCUCACCAGCCGUAUCUUGUUCUCCGCCGACUACACUACCUCUACGUAUCGUACACAACGCCGAUAGCAAUAUUAUUGCGUUUCGUUGUUUACACCAUCGCCGCCGCUGUUGUGCUCUUCGUUUGAUAGUAGUGUUUACACCCGUGUGAGUUCCUUGUUUUAAUUGCUAUUAUUUAGAAAACGAUUUUAUAAUUUUCGAUUUGCUCAUCAUAUCGAAAACCAAACAAGUUGUAUGGAUUUGAUGCCGAACUGCGAGUAAUACUACUUUAACUAUCAUGUGCGUCGCGUGUAGUUGUGCUGUUUGCGCGCGUCGUUGAAUCGAUAUCGGAAUCGUCGUUGUUGCUCAUCCGAGUGUUGAUCUCCGUCUCCGCAGUAAUUGCCAAAGCAGCUGUAAAUGUCUUUAACAUGAAAAUAUGGUGACAUAGUUUACUGGCCAUUCCAUUGUGAUAUGUACAUAAUGUUUGUCAACAAGAAAGUUCAUCUCGUAUGGAUAACAUGGCUUGCUGUUACAGUGAGUUACUGUUUGGCUGGUUAUUGUCCUCAAGAAGAAUGUUCUGGAACAGAACAAUCUAAUGUAAAGGCUUAUAAUUGUAAAGAUAUAGAAACAUACAUAAAAUGUAUGAAAUCGCUAUCAAAAAAAUGUCGUGGAGACAUUAGUUACCAUUCAGCUGUUACUGUUUUAAAUGCAGAAUUUAAAAAAAAGUGCAGUGGAACUGAUGAUGGAACAAAAAAUAAUGGUACUAAUGAUAACACCCAAUCCAUAAUACCCGGUAUUUAUAAUAGGCCAGUUUGUCCAGUGUUAUUUGAUGAUCACCAUGAACACAAAUUUUGUGGUUUGUUUGGUGAUCCUCAUUUAAGGACAUUUGAUGGUAGGUCUCAAACUUGUCGUAUUCAUGGUGCUUGGCAAGUGAUAGACAAUCCUUUCAUUAGUAUUAUGGUGACAAAUGAUGGAAUUUUAAAUAGUACUAGUGCCACUGCAACUACUAAGCUUACUAUAUUGUUAAAAUCUCAUAUAUCAGAUUGUACAACACAAAAAAUAUAUGAGGCUCAAGGAGAUUUUCAAUUACCAGAAUCAUUUGGAGAUGGUAGCACUAAAUCAGUAUCUGCAUUCUCAACUACUGUUUCUUUAUCGUGGCGUAGUAAUGAUCCAAAUAGUGAAACUGUUAUUAUAAGGUUGUCGUACAUUUCAACCAUAAUUACUAUAACCAGAGUAGGUAAGUAUUUAUCAGUUUCUGCGAAACUUCCCAAUGAAUUAGCUCAAACUUUUAAUCAAGAAAAGAAUGAAUUAUGUUCAUCUGGUUGUCCAACUUCUGAACAAUUUGACAUUGAAAAAUCUGUCAUUAAUGACUUAGAACAUUCUUUAAAUUUAUGUCGUGACAGUAUUGGUCCUACUGGACAUCAAUUGACUGAUCAGUAUUUAGACUGGUGUGUGUUUGAUUUGAUGACUUCACACGACGAACAAUUUGUAAAUGCUUCUCAUGCUGCUUAUUCAGAUGUUCUUUUUUUUGAACCUCAGUCUUUAUUAAAUAGAACGAUUAGUGUUUUUGAAUCUGGUCAUAAAUCUACUGCAAAUAUAACUCAAUGUGGAUGUUUGAAAAUAUUUUUUAUUAUUUUUAUAACAAUUUACAAAUUUAUGUUGUAAUCUGUAGUAUAUUACUACAGAGUAAGUAUAUUACUAUGUAUAUCACUUUUUUAAUGAUCUUUCUUCCAUCUAAUGAUGUAUUAAAAAGUAAUUUAUUAUUGACUCAUUAUAAAACUUAAAAUUAAAGUACUGCAUUAUUUAAAUAGUAUCGAGUUUUAAAUAUCUCAACUAUAUAUUUUCACUAGUUUUAUUUGACUGUUAACAAUAAUAUUAAUAUAUGUUAACUUAUUUUUCAUGUUUAAUUUUUAUGCAUUGAUUCGUAAAGUAAUUUUUUGGUCCCAUAUAACAAUUAAAUUAAUCUCAAAUAUGAAUUUUUUUAAUUUGUAAUUUACUGUUGAAAAAUUAUUUAUAAUAUUUAAAAAAAAGUUAUGAUGUUAUAAUAUUCAGAGUAUUACAAAAAUACUGUAUAUUAGUGAUAAAAAAUCAAGAAUAUAAUUGAUAUAACUGAAAAAUAGUAUUUUAAUAUUGCAUAGUGAAGAUUAUUAUUUAUUAUAACAACCCCAAAUUGUAUACAUUAUCAAAACCUAAAAAUACUGUAAAGCCUAAAGAUAAUGAAACCAUAAUAUUUGAGUAUUUAUUUUUGUAUGUCUGUAAUGAAAUGUUACCAUCAUGUGUAAAAUUAUGUAAUUCUUUAAAUUAACUUAUCAUAGAAUAUUGGACAAUUUUUGUCUUUGAUCCUAGUCUGAAAUUUGUGAUUUAUUUUAUUAAGAUAUAUUUGUGUGAAUGUUUAUUACUUACUUGUGUUUAUACUUUUUUACUUUUGAAAAAUAUGUAUAAAUAAAAUUGUAAAUACAUUAGAAAAAUACACAUUAAGUAUGUAAAAUAAUUUAUUUUUUACUUAAUGCUAAAAAUUUUUGUUUGAUGCCUUUUUUUACAAAAUAAAUUUAUCCAUAUAUUUGUUAAACUAUUAUGUUAAUACCUAAAAUAUAUUUUAUUACAUACUUAACAUUAUAAUAUGUAUAAAGAUGUAAAAAAUCGUUUUUUUUAAUCUCUAAAUAUGCAUUAAUAAAAAAAUACAUCUUAUUACAAAUUUUACAUGAUUAUUUUUGUAUUAUAAUGGUAUUAUCGGUUAUACAGUAUUAUUUUAUAUACUUAUUAUUAAAAUAUCUAAUUUAUAUUUAAAAAAAUCGCUGUUGGUAAUUUUUUUUGAUAUGAUGUAUAAAUUGUAUAAAUUGUAAGUAAUUAAUGAAUAAAUUAUGAAAAGCUA